GUUUGUAUACAUUGCCUGAUUGACUCGACUUUACGAAUUUUGACGGUACUUGAUAGACUGGGUUUCCGGUACAUCUUUGGUUGCUUUGAAAUCGUCCAGGAUAUGAUUGGUUGUUUUGGAUAAUGUCUGAUGUGUUCAGGGAUGAAUUCAACGCGGAUACAAGUAAUAUCUAUUUAAAAACCACUGCUCUCAUACAACAUAUAUUAUCUGCUACACAUGAAGAAGAGCAGGAGUUAAAAUUAUCAGGUGAUCGGGCAGCUCAACUACGAGAAGUCAAUAACAAGUUACGUGAACGCGUUACGAACGAUGAGAAGCAGGUGGAUUGUAUGAUAUCUAGAUUACAGACCGUGAAGCGGACAAUCGAAGAGUUACGUGCUUCUAUUGAGAAAUCUAAAUCAAUUAAAGUGGGUUUAAAUAGCUUGUAAGAAUGAUGCAUUAUAAAUCGGCAUUAUUUUCUAGAUGUGAUUUUCAUAAAAAUCCUGGUGUUUAUAACUUUACAGUCCUAAUUAAAGUCUGAACUAAUAGUGCGUCUUCUCACUUCAGUUCAAUAGGUCAAGAAACUAAUAUCUACUAUCGGUUUUACUUAGUCACAGUCACAACGUUGAACCUGAUCGCUUAUUUGAAACAAAUUGAAUCUGAAAAUCCUCCUGAAGAUUCAUUUUUCCCAUGUGAAUUCGAAAAUUCUACACUGAUGCAAGUUUAUAAAAUGAUCCAACCAUUCGAACGCCUACUUGGAAUUCAAAUACAGAAAACGCACUCUGGGCUACUACAGUUGCUAUUUCAUGGUUGUUCAGAAGCGCUGGUUAGUAGUGAUGAAGUAAUUGUAUGCUGUUGUCAACUUCGUAUAGUAAAUACUAAUCGCUUUGAAGUCGUGUUGUGUGAUCCACCCGUACCGGAUCUAGAAAGGCUUGUAAACCACCUGAAUUGGACUGAAGAUAUACGGAGUUUUAUUAUUGUAUUAAGACAACGUUUUUGUCGUUACUUUGAAUUAGCUGCAGCAGUUUCGAAUAAAUUAAGCUCUGAAUGACUAAUGUGUUAAUGAGCAUUCUGACAAUGUACUCUGAUGAACCUUUGCUAUGCAUGAAUUUGUCAUAAUUUAUGUUCAUCUUGCGCUUAUAUCUUAUAAAAAGUAUAUAUAUAUAUAUAAUCUA